GUUGAGACGGGUUUUCAUAACGAUUACGAAUGAUUUGACUAACAUAUUCCAUGACAAUAAAGUCAUAUAAACCUAUACAGCGACACAGGACGUUUCAAACGGAUAUGGAGCAAUACGCUUUUUAAGUGUGAACUUCAAGGUUGAUUCGGAGAACAUAAUCAAGGUCCCUUUUGCCUUUGCUGACCUCUUUGUCGAUCCUGGAUGUUGAGGAAAUAUCGAAGUGGUGGGGUUUGUGUAGGUGCUCUCCGUUUGUUACUCACCCUGGCUGGAACAGCCCUUCUGCCCUGGACCCCGCACACCAGUGGCUGGCGGGCGGGACUGGGGGUGGGCAGAGCGUGGCCAUGGUAACCCACAGCAAGUUUGACUGUGCCAUGAACAGCAGCCCGCUGGAGGGGGGCGUGCGCCUGCCCCCCCAUCGCUACAAAACCUUCAGCUCCAAAGCACAGUACCACAUGGUCCUGGCUGCCGUUCGCAAGCUGCAGGAGAGCGGAUUCUACUGGAGUGCUGUGGGCGGGAAGGAGGCCAGCGCCCUGCUAAACACAGAACCGCCCGGAACGUUCCUGGUGCGGGACAGCUCGGACCACCGCCACUUCUUCACCCUGAGCGUGAAGACGGCCACGGGCACCAAGAACCUACGGAUCCAGUGCGACGCUUGCUCCUUCUUCCUGCAGACGGAUGCGCGGAGUCAGCAGUCCGUUCCACGGUUCGACUGUGUGCUCAAACUCAUCCACCAUUACAUGCCCUCUUCCAAAACCAACGGGGCUGCCAGUCAGCCGGUGGGUGGAGGGAGUAGUGCUGGCGAGGAAGGUGGUGAGGGUGGGGGAAGCACCUACUUCAUCUAUUCCGGUGGAGAGAAGAUUCCUCUGGAGCUUCUCCGACCUCUGACCUCCGGCAUGUCCACGCUGCAGCACCUCUGCAGGAAGACCUUAAACGGCCACAUUGACGUGUCCGGAAAACGGGACCAGCUUCCUCAGUCGCUCCAGGAGUUCUUAGAGGAAUACGAUGCUCCCAUUUAAAGACCUGGGUGGACCGCUGUCUCUGGACACCCCUACAGUGUGUGUUUAAAACCAGGAGCUCAAACCACCAGGUUUCUCUUUCUCUCUCUCUCUCUCUCCCUCUCUCUUUCUCUCUCUCUCUCUCUCAGAGCCAGGGGGUUUACAGGCGAGAGAAUUGCGGCUGGUAGAACUACCACUGAAAAGCCACCGGAAUGGGGGGCGAGUGGAAAAGCGUUAGCAGCCUGUGGAAUUUGGAAGAGAAAGGGGUAAUGUGAGAGGGAAUCUCUCAGUAUUGAUGGCCAGUGUUGGGCCUUCCAUGCCUUGGCCUCUGGAGGACCAACGAUGUGGGCAGGAGUUUUGGUGCUUGAUGGACAGCAGGAAGAUGAAUCCUAAGGCUGGAUAUGCAGAACUGACCGCUGCAAGGGGCUAGAAGGCUGGUGUUGGGGAUCGUCCUGUUCUGGUCCAGGGCAGAAUGUGUGGGAUCAAAGUGUGCCAUUCUGGCUGGGAUCCAGCGCUCUCCAUCGAUCGGGAAAAGCUUUCCUGGAUCCUCGCCUUCCGACUUCUCCGGUCAGUCAAGUUUUAGGCGUUUGUGUUUGUGCGUGUGUAUGUGUGAGUUUGGAAGGAAGGACCCAGACUCGGUUGUAUGAGAUGACGUACACAUUUCCACUGUGGCCUGCCAAGUGGAACUGGCCCAUUUACGGGCGUCUUUGGACUGCGGGCUUUGGCACAGCUGUCUGAUACAGUCCCACAAGGCAGGAGGGGGGGGGGGGGGGGGCUUUUGCACCUCGACUCACGGUUUUUAACCCCGUGACACUGAUGUAUAAAACCAAGCAGAAGAUGCCUGCUACUACACAGAAUGUCACCUCUCUCUCACUCUUCUCUUUGAAAGAGGAGGAACACUGUGGAACUGUAGUUCUCUUGUUCUCGGAAAAAAAGGGAGCCAAAACAAACAAACAAACAAACAAACAAACAAACAAACAAACAAAUGGCAGACGAUUCUAGAUCAGCGUGUGAGUGAUGACAUCACAACGGAGCACGAAGGACGGACAGACAGCCAGACGACGUUUUCAUUACUGUGAAAAAAAGAAAGCCAAGCACAGUAUGUCCGGACUUCCCUCCCCACUGAGCACGGACCUGAGGGAUCGUUUUCCUCUAGAGAAAAGACAAGAAAACACGGAGUAUGUACUGAAAGUGCCGACAGCAACACCUCAAACCCUUCCUUCAAUAACUAUGACCCACUCUGUGUGAGUGUGUAUGUGUGUGUGUGUGUGUGUGUGUGUGUUUGUUUGACUGGCAGAACACACUCUUUCUGCUACCAAAUGAAUGUAUUCUCAGUCAACAGAAGGGCUUUCUGGUUCCACUCAGUAAUUUGAGAGGAUUUUUUUUUGUUUGUUUUAGUUUUAGGUUUUUUUUUUGUUUUUUAAAUUUGUCAUAUGGAUAUGAUGUUUGCAUGUGUCACCGGCAAUGGGACAACAUGUUUUCCCACUCUGUCUUUUAUAAAGAUGUCAUCAUAACCGUCUGGUCAGGUGACCAGCAAGGCAGGCUUGAAAUAUGUGGA